AAUCCAUAUUCGCCGCGCUGUGUAUUCUGGGAACACGCACUAGUUUCAAGAUGGCGGCGAGCAGGAGGCUGGCCAAGGAACUUGAAGAGAUUCGCAGGUCUGGAAUGAAGAACUUCAGAAACAUUCAAGUUGAGGAAUCAAACCUAUUGUCAUGGCAAGGACUCAUUGUUCCUGACAACCCUCCGUAUGACAAAGGUGCAUUCAGGAUCGAAAUCAUUUUCCCCACUGAGUACCCAUUCAAGCCUCCCAAGAUCACAUUCAAGACAAAAAUCUAUCACCCCAACAUUGAUGAGAAGGGCCAGGUGUGCUUGCCUGUAAUCAGUGCUGAGAACUGGAAGCCUGCCACCAAAACUGACCAAGUUAUCCAGUCCCUCAUUGCACUGGUGAACGACCCCCAGCCGGAGCAUCCCCUGAGGGCAGACCUAGCAGAAGAAUACUCAAAGGACCGUAAAAAAUUCUUGAAGAACGCUGAAGAGUUUACAAAGAAACAUGGUGAAAAGCGGCCAAUGGACUGAUCACCUGAUGAGUGUGGAGCCCUCUUUCUCUCUCUUUCUUCCCCUCUUCUUUAAUCUCCCUGCCGAAAUACCUAUCUCGCUCCCACCUCUCUGCUCUCCCCCACACCUCACAUUCGCGCUCUUUCCUUACCCCUUCGCUCCCAAAUCGCACCUCCCUGCAGCCCAGGAGCCGCCUAGCUAAAGCUAGACGGCGGCAGCCUAUGCCGCCCUCCCAAUCCAGGACUCUCUGUGGAUCAGACAGCUUCCUCCUCCUCCUCUUCAGCCAUAAACAUCCAGACCAUUUCUAACUUUCUACUCUUUUCUUAAAGUGAAAAAUGGAAAUAGAAAUGCUAAGGGAACAUGAUGUUCAGAUGAAAUGUUAGAUGGAAAUACUCUGAGUAAAGUGAUCAUUUUCUGUAGGAUUUUCCUCUAAUCAAACAACUAUUGUGUUAAAUAAAUUUCACAUUUUUUCUGAGGUAUUUUUUUUUUCUGAGCAGGUAAAGUGGUUUCUUUUAGCCUUCAAUCAGUAAUCUUAACUAAAAACAAACAUGACUGAAAGAAGAGAGGCUGCAGCUUGGACUGGGAGCUAUGUGCUGACUCACAUGUUUCCUUUACAUCACCUCCUUCUAGACUUGCACUGUACUCUGUGGAACAAUCCAUCUUGCAUCUUCCAGCAGAAAAAUACAAUAACAAGCCAUAUAUGAAUUGAAUUGUUAUUGAUAAAAAAGCUACAGAAGAUAAUUGAGUGUUAAAAUAGAAAGAAUUGGUUUGUAGGUAUGAUCAGGAGACCCUCAAAUACAAGCUGAAUGAUACUAUCUACACAUUUUUUCAAUAUACUUUAAUGAUGUUUUGCAACCUAGAUCGUUUGCACUCAGACCCUGCUGUUAAAACUGUUUUCUGCAUCACAAAUGGCCCCUGUGAAUUUGUUUUACUAAUUGUUAUUUUCUUUCUCCAACUUAACUUGUUUUGAUUGGCACUUGAUACAUUAAAUCGGUGGAAAUGUGGGAAGAACCUGUUGUUACUUGGAAUAUUCCAUUCGUCUCCUUUCCUAGUAUUUUUGGGCACCCCAGUAUGAUCAUUUAUUGCAUCAGAAUCGUUUACCACACAGACAUAUUCCAGCUGACAACCAGCUGCCUAGCUAGAUGGAUAGAUACUUUAAUGAUCCAGAUGGAAAGAGACGGGUGGACAGGAGCAGAUGAGUAGAAGGUGGAUGCACUGAGCUGGAAUGGAUCUCAACUCGUCCACAAAAUCCUUAAAACAGGCUCCUUGAAAGCAGCUGGGCGAGGGCAGUCUGUCCAAGCAUGUGUUCGGACAAGGGAAAGGAUUGCGGUGGUCAAAAAUCCACCAGUUGUUUGAUGUGGUCCCAAUAUUGUUUCAUAAUAAAGAUGGCUUAACCAUU